GUUGUUCUUCUUAAUAUAACAAAGUCAAAGUUUUACUUCCUGCAGAUGAUGCUAUAUUUUUUAUAAAGACAAAAACAGAGUUGCAUUAUCCGUAAGCACAUUUCCAGACUGAUCAUUAAUUGUAUUCUCCGAGCAAUUUUAUGAGCACCAGUUACAAAAUCAGAUUGGCUAAGUAAAUUUAUUUCUACAGUAUUAUAAAGCCUAAUGAGUUGGUCAUACAGCCCUACGCCACCGUUUCCCCUUUCUCAUCAUGUCUCAAAUAAUUAUUCUGCAUAUUUUCCAUAUAACUACAAUGGUUUUCCAAGAAAACAGCGUCGCGAAAGAACGACCUUCACUAAAUUUCAGUUAGAAAUUCUUGACAAUUUAUUCAAAGAAACAAAAUAUCCCGAUGUAUUCAUGCGAGAAGAUGUUGCACGAAGAAUAUCUUUACCAGAAUCAAGAGUUCAGGUGUGGUUUAAAAAUCGACGUGCUAAGCAUCGCCAAAAAAGUAAAAAGAAACCAUUUCAAUCAGAUAAAGAUUGCGAUUUAGAAAAGUUAUGCUCGUCUACGGUUGUUAACAACAAACAAUCUCGCAAUACAGUUUCUAUAUUGCCGGCAAAAUCUGUGGAGGCUGUGUUUAAAGCAAAUAACUCAGAAUCACAAAGUUCCUUUGAUGUAAAUCAACAAGCAAUAAGACAAAACUCUUCAUUUAACUCUUCUAACCAACAAAUUUCUUCAGCAGCAUUAGAAAAAUCUCAAACGUUUCCUUGUUAUUUACCGACAUCUUUAUCAUCUUAUAGACCGUUUUUAAUUGAAGCUCAUUCUUCAACAUACUCCUCUGCUCAGGCGCGUAGUUUUUACUCAAACUACGCGCAAGCGCCAGUUGAAUACCAAUCUUGUGUAGUUAAUUUCAAUAACUCUCAAGCAGUCAGUACGCAAUGGACAAAUUAUGGAUCAUCUAUUUGAUUUUUUAUGUUUAGACUGUUGAAAUACUUUUGCGUAAAGCGCAUUAAAAAUUAAGUAAUGACCGCCUAGUUAUACUAAUUAAAUAUUUAAAUUAUGUAUCUAACCAAGAGCUAUAAAACAAAACAACCAAUUAUGGUUAAUAGAGAAAAAAAACGAACUUUUUUCUUGCAGACACAUCCACAGCCAAGUAGAAAAUAAUAAAAAAAAGAUUAACUAGGAAUCAAUAAACCAGCUUAUGGAUUGUGAUGCAUGUGAAAAGAUAAAAAAAAAGGUUAAUGUCAUUUUUGUAAAAUAGUUAAAUUCCUGUUAUCAAUUAACCUUCGCAUAUAACUACGCACAUGCGCACAAAGCACUUAACAAGAAGGGGUCCAACUAUAAUAAAUCAAAUUAUUACCUAUUUUAUUACCUAUUUUAUUCCAAAUAGAUUAUUUCGCAAAAAUGUAAUAUAGAUGAUUUCCAUAAAAAUAAGAAAGUAACAACAAGAUUAA